AUGUAAUACUAUUUACAACCCAUUCCUUUAUACAUACUGGAUGGUAGAUAGAUUUACAGCAUUUAGUUCUUUUAACAGGUGCUUCGGCUUAAAAGUCUUCCAAGCAGAUAGCACAUAAAGUGUCUUUAGCUUUUGAUUGAUCAUAUUAAAAGUUUUCUAACUAGUUUUACAAGAAUAUUUUUUAUUGUUCUUCAGGGUCGUCAGGAAUUUCUGAGCUGUCAUUAAAUUUAAAGUAAGCACAAAUAAUAAAUGGUAAAAAUAAGAUGGCGGAAACGCUUACUACUAAGGAGAAUCCUACUAAAAUAAUAAACCAUAAAUUGUGAUAUAGAUACACUAUAAAAAUAAUCAGGGACUCAUGUUCAUGAAUGCAUCCCUUUCCAAAGUAUUGAAAGGCAAAAAAGAAACUUAUUCCAUAAAGUAUCCAACAAGAGACUUGAGCUAAAAAAAAUAUCUUAUAAUAAGGAAUUUGCAUAGAGUUCCAAAGCACUUCACGAACCUAAAACACAGAAAUCUCUUUCUAGUUUGAGUAAUACCUGA